GUCUACGACUCUCUGAAGAACCACUGCUACAGGACGGGCAGUACCUACAUGGAGCUCCCCACCCUGUGUGACGAGGUCAGGAGAGGGUGUAGCUCCGUGGUGGAGGUGGAGGUGUGGGACGCAGUCCACUUCCUCAAAGAGCUGGGCGUAGUGGUACGGGAUCGCCAGAAGGUGGCGCUGCAGAACCUGCAUUCUUAUGAGACUGGGAUAGCGGAGUGUCUACGCUGUCUGGUGCAGGAAGAGCCCUGGGUUAUACCUCUGGAUGUCAUAGAGGUGCUGACUGCUUCAGCUCUGCAGAGGCUGAGGAAGAAGGGAGGGGAUGGAGGGAGUAGGGAGGAUCAAGGUGAAGUGGACUCCGACGCAGAGCGGAAGGUUGAUGAGUUGAAUGGAAGGUGUGAUAUGGAUGGCAGCGCUGCAGAGACAGACUGUACUAGUACUGCUGUUAGAACAGCAAGCGGAUCCUCUGUCCAAGACUACAUCACCCUUACAGACCAGGGCCCUCCAGUAGAUUUAGACCCAGACCAGGGCUCUCCUCCUCCAGUAGAUUUAGACCCAGACCAGGGCCCUCCAGUAGAUUUAGACCCAGACCAGGUACGUGCAGCGGAGAUGAUCUGCUUCAAUCCGGUGACUGUGAUCAGUGGUAAGGGGGGCUGUGGUAAGACCACGGUGGUGAGUCUGGUGUUCAAGGCCGCCUUGCAGCAGAGCCCAGAGAAGGUCAGGAAGGCAUGCUGGGACUUUGAGAAUGACUCCUUGGGGUCUGAGGCGUGGGAGGAAGCCGCGCCGGUCACAUUCACCGUCGGCGGCCAUACUCACCGUCGGCGGCCAUACUCACCGUCGGCGGCCAUACUCACCGUCGGCGGCCAUACUCACCGUCAGCGGCCAUACUCACCGUCAGCGGCCAUACUCACCGUCAGCGGCCAUACUCACCGUCGGCGGUCAUACUCACCGUCGGCGGCCAUACUCACCGUCCGGCGGCCACACUCACCGUCAGCGGCCACACUCACC